UAUUUUAGCAGUCCUUAGACUAAACCGCUCACACAUUAAACGGGCCCUCGCUCACUCCUCCAAAACAAACCUGUCACUCGCACACUCGUACGGUGUGUUUAGAGAAAUGCUCUUCAUUCCAAAUAAGAACGAUGAACAUCGGAAUCUGACCGGUCAUACAUUAAUUUUGCCAUCAGUAUGUGUGGGAAAUGUAGGUCAGCUUGCUGUGGAUCUCCUCAUCACCAACCUACCCACAAAGAAGAUUGGUAUAGUACACCAUCCUGCUAUUUAUCCACUUGUCGGAGGUGAUCCAUAUGAUCCAAACAGCAAUGAUGUUGUCACAAGUGCAGACCUACAUCUUGUGUCUCACUGCUCUCUUGUUAUCAUGCAGAUCAGAGCCCCCUUGAUCAAGAGUGAGCGAGACAGCCUUCUCUCCGAGCUUGUAUCCUGGUGCAAGUCAGUUGGAAUUCAUGAUAUAGUGAUGCUGGCCUCUUGCAAUGCUUGCGAACGCUGGGACUACAAUCAAAUCACAGGCUCACAGCUACGAUACCUCACCUCUAAGGUGCCACAGAAAGAUGUAGAAAUCCUCAAAUCUAUUGGUGCCUCAGAGAUGGAGGAACGCACUGAUGAAUUUGGGAUGAAGCAUCGUUUUUUAUCUGGAGCAGGAUUUGUGAAGCAGUUUAUGGAUACUUGUGACCUCCCAAUGACAACAUUAUUCAAGUUUGUUGAUGAAGGAGAUAACACCAAUGAUGCUAUUGUCCUCAUCAACUUCCUUGAUGCUUGGAAAAAACUUUCACAGAUUACAAAUCCGACAUGGAAGGCACCAUUUUCUUGGAAAAACAUGUUUGGAGGCCCAGCACCCAACAGUAUUUAUUAAGGGUAUUGUAUCAACAUUUUGGUUUUGUAAAGGCAGCACUGUACAUUUAUUUUACUUAAUUGUACAGGUAUUAUGUAAUGAUCAUAAAUGAAUUUUAAGGGAAUUUUACUUUGUAUACAUAUUUCAAUAUUCCGGUUCAUGUUGUACUUUUUUGCAGAUAAAGAAAUUUUAUCGACUAUUUCUCAACACAUGUUUAUUCCUCAUGUAAGAUGGAAUUUAUAUUCCUUAAAUAAAUUUUCAUGAUU